AUGUAGCGUUACAAACAAUGAUAGCAUACAAGACCAGAACAAUACAGCUGCACAUUACUUGACAGAACCAUGUCCAACGCGCCGCCAGUCGAGGCCAAGUGCCGCCCUGUUGGAGGUACCGAGCUCAGCUGGUGCAAGGCGGUGCCUGGUGGCACUGGUAUAACUGUACUGGGCCUCCUCUUGUCGAAACCUCUGGAUAUCACAAUUCUCCGAAAUGCCCUCCAUAAACUUCAAAUUUCCCAUCCGAUUCUCAAUUCCCAACUCCAUUUGAGCCCCACUUCCAAUUCUUAUUCUUACGUCACACCCCCAACUCCUCAACUCCAAAUCCGACCAUUCGAUCUCCAAUCGACGUCCCAGAUUCUCCAAACCAUCGACAAUGGCAAUCCCACUCCCUCCUCCAUUUCCCCCUUUCACCUUAUCAUGGAACACGAGCUGAAUAAGAACGCGUGGCAGAAUCAUGAACCUUUAUUGGACAUUGAUCUUUUCUUUGCCAGCGUGUACACUUUGGAAAAUGAGAAUUGGGUUGUGGCCCUCCGGUUGCACACUUCAGCAUGUGAUAGGACAUCAGCAUUGGCAUUGUUACGGGAGCUAUUGGGAUUGAUUGGCGGGGAGGGUUUCGAUUCAUCGGAAUCAGGAAAAGAAAUGGAGGUUAAUUUGGGAAUUGAGGAUGACAUUCCUAGUGGGAAGGCUAAUAAGCCUUUAUGGGCUCGUGGAGUCGACAUGCUGGGAUACUCUUUGAAUAGUUUAAGGUUGGCCAAUCUAAGUUUUAAGGAUACCGAGGCGCCUAGGAUGUCACGAGUUGUGAGGCUGCAGUUGAAUUCAGAAGACACCGAUCGGAUUCUAUCUGGUUGCAAUUCAAGAGAUAUAAAAUUAUGUGGGCUCUUAGCGUCUGCUGCAAUACUUGCUACUCAUUCCUCGAAAGGCCUUCUUCAUGAUCAGUGGGAAAAGUAUGCUGUUGUCACGUUGACCGACUGCCGUUCCAAUCUUGACCCAGUUCUUAGCAAGCAUCAUAUGGGAUUUUAUCAUUCUGCAAUCUUGAACACCCAUGAUGUCGGGGGAGGGGAAAAUUUAUGGGAGCUGGCAAAACGAACAUACAAUUCGUUCGCUAAUGCCAAGAACAACAAGAAGCAUUUUUCAGACAUGGCCGAUAUCAACUUUUUGAUGUGCAAAGCAAUAGAGAACCCAGGUUUAACACCAUCAGGAUCACUAAGAACUUCACUGAUAUCUGUCUUUGAGGACGUAGUGAUCAACCAUUCAAAUAAAGAGCAUCAAGGAAUUGGGAUAGAAGACUUCAUGGGAUGUGCCUCAGUUCAUGGUGUAGGCCCAUCCUUAGCUAUAUUUGACACUAUAAGAGAUGGGGAAUUGGAUUGUGCAUGUGUAUAUCCUUCCCCAUUACACUCGAGGCAGCAAAUGCAUGAAUUUGUGGAUGAAAUGAAAAGGAUUCUUUUGAAUGGAAGCGACUACAUUUGUACCGACAACUGAACGAGCUGAUGUUUAUUGAAGGAAGUGAAUCAUUCUAGGAUUCUUUUGUGGGUGUCAUAUUAAAAUUGCUUGUACAUUGCAAGAGCAGUGAUUAGGUCCGACUUCAUAAGCCCGUCUGCAUGUAUUGAAGCGUUGCAUUUUGGAGCUCUGGGAGAAGGUAAGUCAAUGUCAACUCAGAAUGGCUCGUCAGUAUAUUCCCUAGGCCAUGUGUUAAUUGGAGCUUGGACUUCUCCAAUUCAUAAUUAUGAAUCUAUGAUCCAAUUUCUGUCAGCUCAUUCUUGUCUGUCUUGUUAUUAAAACACGUAAUAAGUAUUACUACUAUUAGAUUCAAGAUCUGAUGGCUUCAGAAUGUGUUCUGAGGUUUGUGUACUAAGUCAAACACUUACUUCCCAUUACAUUGUAGGAGCAAUUCAUCAGGUUGGUUAUAUCUAAAACGGUAACAUGAAUUUCAUAUAAUCGCACUACAUGAAUUGAUAUA